AUGUUGAAACCUCUAGCGUACAUAUCUACCCGAGCAUUUUCCGGGAGAUGUAGCAAUAUUUGGGGGAAACAACUUCGUAUGGCAUCUACUCAUUUUGGUUAUGAACAAGUCGAUGAGGCCGAAAAAGAAAAACGAGUACAUCAUGUUUUUGCGAAUGUCGCUAAGAAGUAUGACCUGAUGAAUGACGCUAUGAGUUUCGGAAUCCAUCGGCUUUGGAAAGACUACUACGUGGAUGGUCUCCCUCUCACAUUUAACUCGAAA